CACAUAUAUUUGUAUGUAAAUAUUAUAUACGUAUAUAUAAUAUAUAUAUAUAUAUAUAAAUAUAUGUGUAUUAAAGACCCAAUAACAAGAAUCCCAAUAAUCAUGAUUUAGAGUUGACACAAACAUUACAUAAAAAGUAACACCUACACAUAAAGUAAAAAAAUAUAUAUACAAAACUAUUUAUAAGUAAGGCCCCACAAUUUAUGAUAUUUGCAGUUAUAUUUGUGGCAGUUAUCUCAAUGAUGCUUUCAUAGGUUUUGUAAGUAUGUUCUCUCUCUCUCCCUCCUCUCUUGCGGUUCUUAAUUUUGGCCAAAGCUUUGUACUUUCAAUACAUUAAAUCACAUAAAGAAUCCAAAGAAAAGUCAGUGUAACGUCAAUCGAAUUAAAUUCACCAAUCUUUCUUGUUUUCAACGAACUUAAAUCUUCUUAUCCCCAAGAAUGGGAGUCUUGUUGUGAUUUAAGAGCAAAACUCCAAUCAUGGAUCUCGAGAGUCUGAGCCCAAGGAAUCAACUUAAGAAAGAAACUUGGUGGAGUGUUCUGACAUUAGCUUACCAGAGCUUAGGUGUGGUUUACGGAGAUUUAGCUACUUCACCAUUGUACGUCUACAAGAGCACUUUUGCUGAAGAUAUCCAACACUCAGGGACAAACGAAGAGAUCUUUGGUGUUCUGUCUCUUGUCUUCUGGACAUUAACUCUCAUCCCACUACUCAAAUACGUUUUUAUUGUUCUUCGUGCUGAUGAUAAUGGUGAGGGUGAGACUUUUGCUCUCUACUCUCUGCUCUGUCGCCAUGCUAGAAUCAGUUCCUUGCCCAACUUCCAGCUCGCCGAUGAGGACCUUUCUGAGUGUAAGAAAAAUUCCGCGGAUAAUCCGAGGAAUUUAAAAGACAAGGGGUGGAGUUUGAAAAACACACUGGAGAAGCAUAAGGUUCUGCAGAACAUGUUGCUUGUUCUUGCUCUGAUUGGGACUUGUAUGGUCAUUGGUGAUGGUGUUCUCACACCCGCAAUCUCUGUUUUCUCAGCAGUCUCUGGAUUAGAGUUAUCCAUGUCAAAGGAGCAACAUCAAUAUGUGGAGGUGCCAGUGGUUUGCGCCAUACUGAUAGUCUUGUUCUCACUACAACACUAUGGGACACAUCGUCUAGGCUUUUUGUUUGCUCCAAUUGUGCUUGUAUGGCUUCUCUGCAUUAGCACCAUUGGUGUAUACAACAUCUUCCACUGGAACCCUCAUGUUUACAAAGCUUUGCCUCCUUAUUACAUCUACAAGUUCCUCAAGAAAACUCGGCAACGCGGUUGGAUGUCUCUAGGUGGCAUCCUUUUAUGCAUAACCGGCUCGGAAGCUAUAUUUGUUAAAUUCGGAUUAAUCUUUUCAUUAUUUGUUACAUGCAUGCAGGUUUGGCGGUUAUUACCGUUAACGACUUGCCUAAUGUCACUAGUAAUCGUCUUAUGCUGGCGCAAAAGCACUCUCUACGCGCUAGCCUUCAUCUUCUUCUUCGGAACAAUCGAAUCUCUCUACUUCUCAGCUUCGCUCAUCAAAUUCCGCGAAGGCGCGUGGGUGCCACUCGCCCUCUCCUUCAUCUUCCUCUUCGUCAUGUACCUCUGGCACUACGGGACCGUCAUGCGCUACGAGUUCGACGUCCAGAACAAAGUCUCGGUCAACUGGCUCCUCACGCUCUUCGGCUCCUCGAACCUCGGCAUCGUCCGUGUCCGAGGAGUCGGCGUGAUCAGCACCGAGCUCGUCUCCGGCGUUCCCGCGAUCUUCUCUCAUUUCGUUACCAACCUUCCCGCGUUUCACCAGGUUGUUGUCUUCCUCUGCGUCAAGUCCGUCCCUGUCCCUCACGUGAAACCGGAAGAACGGUUUCUCGUUGGUAGGGUCGGACCGAAGGAGUACCGGUUAUACCGGUGUAUCGCCCGGUAUGGUUACCGGGACGUGCACAAAGAUGACGUGGAGUUUGAGCAAGACCUUGUCUGCAGUAUCGCAGAGUUUAUACGUUCGGAUAAAGCGUUCGAUUACGAGUUGGACCCUGGAAACGAGUCCGAGAGGCUUACCGUAGUCGCGGCUUCCUCCUCUAGUCUCGAAGGUGUUCAAAUCUAUGAAGACGAUUGUUUAGACGAACGUGAACAAUGGUCGCUGAGACUGAGAGUCAAUAAAAGGGUAAGGUUUGUGUUACCGGAAAGUUCGAGGAUAGAUAGAUCCGCGGAGGAGGAGUUAACGGAGCUGACGGAGGCGCGUGAGGCGGGGAUGGCGUUUAUAAUGGGACAUUCGUAUGUGAGAGCAAAGGCCGGUUCGAGUGUGGUGAAGAAGAUGGCUAUUAACUUUGGGUAUGAUUUUUUAAGGAGAAACUCGAGAGGUCUUUGUUAUGGUCUUUCUACUCCUCACGCUUCUACUUUAGAAGUUGGUAUGGUUUAUAUCGUGUGACUAUAUUUUUUUUGUUGUUGUUAAACUUGAAUAAACUUCAGUUUUGUAAAUUAAGGUUUUUUUGUUGUUGUU